AUGCUCCCCAGCACAGUCCUUCAUGAUUAUUACGCGAUUCUCGGGAUUCCCCAGUCCGCGGACCCGGCUUCCAUCAAGUCGGCAUACAAAAGAUUGGCUCUGGUCAAGCAUCCAGAUCGACGAAGAAAUGAGCCCAAAGCAACAGCUGAAUUUCAACUACUCAACGCUGCGUAUGAGCAGCUCCGAGAUGUCGAUAGACGUCGAGAAUAUGACCGAAUAUAUGAAUCAACAAUACGUCACCAAAAAAUAAAGAAUCAAAAAAUAGCAGAACUGGACGGAGAGCUUCAGAAACUCAAGGAUGAACGCCGGGGCCUUGAAAUCUCGUUAUACAACGCAAACAAGGACUUGAUACGACUGCAUGUGGAGAGAGACAGUCUGAAAGGAGAGAAAGAACGGAUCAUGAAAGAAAGGGCUACAGAGGAGACAUGGUGGCUCUAUCUGUGCUCCUUUAUGCCAGGCAGAGCGGCAGCAUUUACACGACAGAAGCAACGACGAGAGAAUAUGCUCCUUAGUAUUAUUGGAAAACGCCGCGCCAAGGACUUGAACAUCGAUCUCAAAACGAAGGACGUUCAGCAUUUCAAGGAACAGAUCCAAACUCUGUCCUCUAAAGAACGGUCGAUUGAAGUAGAACGACGGAGGAUAGAGGAGGAAUGGCGUGAACUGUGUUACCAACAGGACAAUUUAAGGUCUGGCCAUUUCCGUGGAUCUAAUAUCUGGGAUCUUUAA